AUGAAUGCGCUCACAGCGGCCAGCAGGAACUUCAAGGAGGCCGCGAAGCUUCUGGGGCUGGACUCCAAGUUGGAGAAGAGCUUGCUCAUCCCCUUCAGGGAGAUCAAGGUGAAGCAAACCCAGGCCAUCUUUCCGACCCCCCUCCCAAACCCGUUUUCUCUCUUCAUCCAAUGAAGUCAAACCUACUAUUUUAAGGUUAUUUCCCAGGAAGAUCACUCAUGAAAUUUAUUGAUUAUUUCCUUGUGAUAAACUGAUUGAACAAUUGAUUCUACCAAGAAUUUCGGCUCCUAGUAUUUAUAUUAUACAUAUUUAUAUAAAUUAUGAACAGAUAGCUCUGCGCAGCGACCCAGAUUCAUCCACCAUCUCCUCUUUUUCUUUUUUGGGUUACAUUCAACAUCAGCUUCCAUUUUCGCCCCCAAAUUCUUAUGCCUUUCUAAGUAAUUUAUCUUCUCAAACCCCCCUCCCCCCCACCCGUUAUGACUCUUCCUGAUCCACAAAUCACAUAAUAAUGUGGGUCUUUCUCUGUUUCUUCCCAUAAUUCUUGAUUUCUAAUUAAAAACACUGCUAUGGAGAUGUUGUCACUCUAAUUUUAAGAUUAUUUCCUAUGAGGAUCAGUUCAUCAACUGUGAAUGAACAAACUAAAUGAAACAGUUAUCUGAAGUUCAUACCCUACAGGCCAGAAUCUGGCCAAUCUCCUCUUUAUUUUAUCUAAAGAGGAGAUUUUCAUCCCCAGUCUCCCCUUUUCUUCUUAUGGUUUUCAAUCAGCAUUAAUUUUCAUCCUCUCCUCCUCAUAUUCUUCUGCUUCUCUGUAAUUUCUUUCUGAACCACCCAGAUAAAUAUUAUAUAUUUCGAUCCACAUGAACUACAUGGUUUUUCUCAUUAUUUCCUCCCAUAAUCGCCCAUUCUAAUUAACAACAAUUACUAUAAUCGAACCACACGAUUUUACUUGUGUCAUUUCCACUCUCAACAGACUGAGAUGGAUUGCAGGUCGAAUGCACGAUACCUAGGGACGACGGCACCUUGGCCUCCUUUGUGGGCUUCAGGGUUCAGCAUGACAACGCCAGGGGCCCCAUGAAAGGAGGAAUCCGAUAUCACCCCAAGGUUCUGUCUGACUACUUAAAAAAAAUAUUAUCAUGCUCUUAGAACAUAGACGUCACCAUGUUUUUCUCUUUUCUACCUGCACAAUCAGAAUUAGCAAGGUAGAAUAUUCAUCAACCAUUUUUAUUUUUUUUCGGAUAUAUUUUCAUUCUUUGUUGUCAAUAAUUGAUAUUUGGGCCGAAAUAGUGGUCAUUUGAUGAAGUAGAAUAUCUAUUUUUUAGAUUAAUCCCAAAUUGAAAAAAUAAAUCCUUCCAUUAAAACCAUAAACCGUGAACCCAAUUUUUCAUCAACUAGUUUUAUUCUCUUCUGGUAAAUUUCCCCUCUCUCUUCUUUUCACCUCCAAAAAUAUGAAAGAUCGGAUUUUACAUUAGACCCACAUUGAAUAUAAAAAAAAUCCUUCUGUUUCAAAAUUUUUAUUUUGUAAUUUCCCUUUUCUUAUGUCGUUUCAAAUCGAAUAAUAAUGUAGUGAUUCUUUCUCCUGUUCAUCAAAGAUAAAUUACUAUUUUUCCGGGUCUGUAAGAACUUUUAGAUUCAUAAGAAUUAGUGAACGAACAAAAAGGGGCCGAUCAUUGGUAAUAACACAUUGAAAUGUUCCUCAUUUCUAUUGUUUUAUCACUUGACCAAGUACAAAGGUCGUGUCACAAAGAAUAGUCUCCUGUUGGGAGGAAAAAAAAACUGUGGGAUAAUUAAUUCACUCGAGUCUUCUUGAUGAUGAGAAGCUCGUCUGGUUGAUGCAGGUUGACCCAGAUGAGGUCAACGCUCUUGCGCAGCUGAUGACUUGGAAGACAGCUGUCGCAAAUCUGCCUUAUGGAGGAGCCAAAGGGGGGAUUGGCUGCGACCCAGGGGAGUUGACCAGGUCCGAGCUCGAGCGACUCACCAGGGUCUUCACUCAGAAGAUUCACGAUCUGAUCGGUGUUCACACUGAUGUUCCUGCUCCCGACAUGGGAACGAAUUCCCAGGUCCAAUCUCUCCAACAACAAAAAGAAAAAAAAGAUAUUUUCCGCGAACAAAUGAAUAUCCCUGGAUUCCUUGAAAAGCAUAUUUCUUUCCUAAUUUCCUCUUGAUAUUUCAGACUAUGGCGUGGAUACUGGAUGAAUACUCGAAGUUCCAUGGUUACUCACCCGGGGUCGUGACGGGGAAGCCCGUGGUGAUAAUCACUGUUAAUUUACCAAUAUAACCUCAUUUAAAUGCUUUUUUUAUUUUUUUUGGGGGGAGGAGCUCAUUUACAUUCAUAUUUAUUUUUGCCUAAAAUUCUUCCUGAUUUAAAAAAAUUAUGCCGAUAAUUUUGGCACCUUUGUUACUUGCUUAAUUAUUCCAUUUAACUUCUUCUGCCAGGAUUUGGGGGGUUCUCUGGGAAGAGAAUCUGCUACUGGGAGGGGGGUCCUCUAUGCAACCCAGGCCCUGCUCUCAGAACAUGGCAAGACCAUCUCUGGUCAACGCUUCGUCAUCCAAGUAGCUACAACCGGGACUAAUUCUUACUUUAUAACUAAUGUUCUUCUCAUCCUUAUAAUCAAUUAUUCUUAUUUUUUUUUCAUUUAUUUCCAUUAUUUGAAAAAUAAUUUCAGGGGUUUGGAAAUGUGGGUUCUUGGGCCGCCCGGCUCAUUGAAGAGGCUGGUGGGAGAGUGGUGGCAGUCGGAGACAUCACCGGGGCCAUCAAGAACGGUGGCGGGCUCGACAUCCCCGGCCUGAUCGAGCACUCAUCAGGGAGACAGGGAGUCAAUGGGUUUCAAGGUGGAGAUCAGAUUGACCCGGAUGAGCUGUUGACUGAAGACUGCGACGUCCUCAUUCCUGCCGCCCUUGGCGGUGUGAUCAACAGGUUAGAAUUCUCUCUGUUGGUGAUUAUAAGUAGGGCCGCCCUUGAAUGGACCUGUUAAGUUGAAGCCCGACCCGAGGUCUCAUAUCCGGGCUCGGAAAAUGAAGCCUGGAGAUGAUGGUGUUGGAAGGUACAGCAGGCCCGUGGGCCCAUUUUCCAGAUUUUUUUUAGGGAAAUCCGGGCCGUUCCCGUAAAAUUAAAGCUACUAGGCCCGGUUCUAGCUUUGGGGGGUUCCGGCUUUGAACCCUUUAGAUGAUGGUGUUGGAAGGCAUAACCGGGCCUGCAGGCUUUUGUUGAGAUCAGGCCUGGGCCUAUUUGCCAGAUUUUCUAAGUCAGUCUGGGUCGGGCCCGUAAAAUUAAAGCUAGGACUUGCCCGGCCCGAUGUCCGUGCAGGCUGUGUCCUAGCUUUGGCGGGGUCUGAAACAGCUGGACCUGCGGGCUUUUUUUUGGGUCAGGCCCAUGGCCCCUUUUCGGCCCGUUGAUUUUAAGCAUGGCGUUGACUGAAAAUCGUUGUGGUUCUGUUCAGGGAGAACGCGAAGGAUAUCAGAGCCAAAUUCAUCGUUGAAGCCGCCAACCAUCCAACCGACCCAGAGGCUGACGAGGUCAGACUAUGUGAUGUCUUUGACUUUUCCUAAAAUAUCACACGCUGACUUGCCGUAUAUGGUUUAUUUCGUUGACUAUUGGCAGAUCUUGUCGAAGAAGGGGGUGGUUGUCCUGCCGGAUAUAUUUGCCAACUCCGGGGGGGUCACUGUUAGCUACUUCGAAUGGGUUCAGGUAAAAGUAGUGGAAUAUUCUGAGCAUAUUCUAAUGGUGAUCGACCUCUCUCUCUCUCUCUCUCUCUCUCUCUAAAAUAAGUGAGAAGUGAAGGGUCUGGCUGAGAGUCCAUUUAGUGGGCUUCUCUUUAAAAGUGGAGCUUUCGGGAUUUCUGGGUCCUGUAAAGCCGGUCAACUACUGACGCUGACUUCUGCUAGCCUGCUUCUCCCAGAAUAUCCAGGGCUUCAUGUGGGAUGAGGAGAAGGUCAACUCAGAGCUGAGGACCCACAUGAACCGGGGCUUCCAAGAUCUGAAGGAGAUGUGUGAGACCCAUGGCUGUGGGCUCCGCAUGGGGGCCCUCUCUCUCGGAGUCAACCGGGUCGCCCGGGCCUCCAUCCUCCGAGGCUGGGGGGCUUGA